UGUCGUCGUCGGCAUUGUUCGAUGGAGGGCGGGAGGUGCUGCGCACGUCCCAUCACGACGGAAAUGGCUUCGCGCUCUAUCAGACGUGAUCCUGGAAGGGAUAGUAGGGGCCAGGAAAUCGUCCGUGUUGUCGAAGAAGGAGAGCCCGACGAGCCCGAGGGAUGUCUGAAGGUAGCGAAAUCCUUCGCUUCCCACGGCCUAAAAUGGACCGGCAAAUCCGCAGCGACCGAGGCAAGGUCCGUCUUGCUAUCGCGCUCCAGUUUAGGCCGUGGGAAGCGAAGGAUGCGUUACAGUGUUGACGUCAUCUGUGAUCACAACACUGCCAUGUUGGUGGAAAGAGGUGUGGGGUUUCAUGGUACCCUGAAGAAGGAGGAGGAGGAGGAGGAGGAGGAGGAGGAGGAGGAAGAGGAGGAGGAGGAAGAGGAGAGGAGAGGCAAGAGUGGAGAGAAGUCGAAGCAGACGCUAUUGAGGGAGCAGAGGUGGACGGGGAUCUUGGGAGGCCAGGUUGUUGCUGGGACCGGCUUUUGCGUUGGGAUCGCAGCGGCGUUGUUGAUUGGAGGGCAGGUGGCAUAUGCAGCAGCCCCCGCCCGUGCAGAGAUAAUCCGAGGGUCUAGCGAUCAUUGGGCGGAGGAGCGCCACGUGUCGCGCAGCUCAUCUCUUGAUUACCGAGAGAUGAUGAGGAAGCACCGCGAUGAAUUAGCUCGGCGGUCUAUGUUCACACGGGAUGCCUGGCUGGGUAUGAUCCGACUGCGCGAUUACGGCGAUCUAGUAGCGGAGAGCGAGGAGGCGGAACGCGACUGCAAAUCUGGCUGUGCACAAAAUCGGAGCGAGCUUGAUGUGAAAACCGUGGAGUACAGUGAGGCUGAAGAUGUUCGUGUGGUUAUCUGCUUUUCGUAUCUGUGCCUGUGGCUGUGCUCCAUCUCAAACUGGUGUCUGCUGGUGCGUUCGUCGCUGCCUUGUACUGCGAAUCUGCUUGCCGUAACCAUUACUGCGACGGGAAUCAUCAUGCAGGAAUAUUUUGACCCGAAAGGAGGUUUUAUGCAGGCAAGGUGGUCCGGUGAACUUGCUCGGAGUUUCAAAAGGGCAGGCGGUGUACUUCAAACGAAGGGACAAACGUACGCUCUCAUAAAGGAGAUGGUGGGGUCGCUGGGAGACAGGUAUACCGCAUUUCUGACACCAUCUGAAUACCGAGUGGCACUGAGAAGGCCUAGUCAAGCAGAGAUCAAAUAUCUGGCAGCGAGAUACACGGGUGUUGGGAUGGAGUUGGGAAAGCGGUCACCAUUUGGAGGAAUCACAGUCAUUGCACCUUUCGCAGGCUCUCCGGCAGAAGAGGGUGGCAUAGUUGGAGGGGAGCGCCUUCUCGCAAUUGAUGGUCUUCCCGUUGAUACACUGACGUCCGAUGAGGCGAUUACGCUGCUUCGCGGUCCAACUGGGUCUACGGUCGAGUUGGUUAUUGCCGGCGAUUCACCUGCAGCACCUGAGAGGAGGGUUACUCUUGAAAGGCGUAAACUAGCUUUGCCACCAAUGAAACAGAGGAAUAUUACUGGGCAGAAUGGCCAGCGAAUUGUCAAGUACAUACGACUCCACUACUUCACAGAUGAAGGGAUGAAGGAAAUGGCGGCCGCGAUCAAGGAAGGCGAGGCACUCGGUGUUGAUGGCUACAUUGUCGAUCUCCGGAACAAUCCUGGGGGUGUCUUUGAAGAGGCCAUCGCUAUGGCGGCUCUUUGGCUCGACUGUCAAGACUGUACAAUAACUGAGAUUGUUCGUGGGAACAAUGAUGAGUAUGCUUACCGCACCAAUCACCUCCCCGAAGAAGUGUUUGACAAAAAGCAGCCGGCGGCGCUAACUCAUGCACCCUUAGUGAUUAUUACAAACAGAAGCAGUGCGAGCGCUAGUGAGGUCUCGCACACAGAGGAACCUGAGAGGGACUACAGGGAAAUGCAAGCUGACAGUCAAUCCUCCGAUACUGAGAAGUUCUUCAACUUGACUGGCCUGUUAGAAGAAGCAUGGGCUGCGGGGAAGAAAGUUGUCACCUUUGUCUCAUGUGGAGGCGAGGUCUCGGGAGAGAAGUGGUCUAUAGUAAAGAGACUGUUUGGCACGUCGACGCUGAUUUGUGAGCAAGGGAAAAGUCCUCUUGUUAGGUCCAAACAAAGGCUGGAGGAAGGGGGCCUUUCCAGAGUAGCACCUAUUGUCAAGGCUGAGAACGCGAGAGAUAGAGGGAAAGGCUACCUCACAACACUCCUAGAGAUGCCUAGGAAACAGGUGGAACUCAAGAGCUUUGGCAUUUCCAAACUGGCCUAUUUGUACAGAUGUGCCAGGGAAUUUAGCACUAGAACCACGAGGAAGACACUGAAAGAAAUGUUAGCAGUAGUGAUCAGGAAGAAGACGGGUGUGAACAUCAGACUGAAGGUAAAUAUAGAAGUGAAGUACAACCACCGUCUGAGGAAGAAGAAGAUUCACGAGGCAGCAGUGAAGUACAUGGACAGAUGUAAGAUCCAUCCAGUUCUGAAAACAAUGAUGAGACACAGAGUGAGGGUGGUAUGGAAAAAGAAUAGAAUGGUUGAGCAGGUCCUCACAAACCAUCGAGCAGCGGCUAGAGCACCCAGCAUGGCAUGCACAUGUCACCAGGAUCAGUUACCGAGGAGCGAAGGACAUGUGCUAGCUAGGAUAUCGCAAUGCAAAGGGGCCAACCCCUUUCUUCAUAAUGGGAAGAACAUCUUGCAGAGCACCUAUGACCCGAAACUCUCGGAGGUGCAGCAAGCCGUUGAGCAGCCCCUUAAGCUUGUGAUGAAGGAAGACCAUAUCUCUACAGGAGGGAGCUGGUUUGAGGAGUGUAUCUCUAAGGGAGCAAUGACGCGACCGGGAUGUACUGACGUACAGGCUUACAGGCUAGCAGAGGAGUUCCGCCACUUGGUGGUAGCCCCGGUAGAUCGGAACCCCGAUGACCUGGUAGUCAUGUGCCCAUCCACCUAUCAUCACGGACUGCAGUUGAUGUUUAACCUCAAUGUAGCCUACGAACAAGUCGCGGAGAAAACAGAGGCGGACGUACUGGCCGUGGUACGUAAGGAGUUCAGGAAGCAAAAUUUAGACAAGAUUGGGGCUUGGAACCCCGCAGCCAAGCUUGGGCAGGCAUACACCCUGCCUAAGCACAAGGACCUGACAAGGUGGAGACCUAUUGCACCAGCAUGUGCAGAUGGCACGAGGGCUGCAGGAAGAAGGAUAGCCAGGGCACUGAACCAUUUGCUGGAGAAAGUGGCUUGGAACCCCGCAGCCAAGCUUGGGCAGGCAUACACCUAUGGCACGAGGGCUGCAGGAAGAAGGAUAGCCAGGGCACUGAACCAUUUGCUGGAGAAAGUGCCAGAUGCUAGGCACUUCAACUUGAAAGCUACGGCUCUGCUGAAGCCGAACCUGGAGAAAGCAGGCAAGAAGCUGAAGCUGUUUGGCGAAAGAUCCAUGGCCCUGAUGGCAAGUUAUGACAUUAAGGAGAUGUUUACAUCCUUGCCUCACAAGGAAAUCUCCCUGGCCGUGGAUUGGCUGCUACAGCAGUGGGAGAAGAAAGGGGUCUAUAAACUGAGUCUCAGCAGGAGAGGCCGAGUGGUGGUCCUUAACCACAGAAGUCUAGGACAAGGGUAUGUAUGCGUGAAGUUUUCCCAGAUUAGACAGAUGGUCAGUUUUGAGUUGGACAAUGCAUAUAUCACAUGCAGGUCGGCUAUCCUUAAGCAGCGUGUGGGAAUCCCGAUGGGGAAGAACUCCAGCCCAGCGCUAGCCUGUAUAUUGUGUGCUAAGUACGAAGUCGACUUUCUCGCAUCUCUAGGUGCAGACCAGCGGCUCGUACACGGGGUCAGACUUGUGGACGAUGUCACAUUGGCGGUCGCGUGUGGCAUGGAUGAUCUGGAGAGUGUAGCAGCAGCCGUGGAUGUCCGCCGGAUGUUUGCGGCAGCGAAUGGGGAGCAGCUGAAGUUGAUACGAACUGAUGAUGAUUCGAAUUCAUGGGAUUUUCUGGGUACCAAGAUUACGGCGGUACCUGGCCCUAUCAACUUCCUGAUCCGGCCCAGGCAUAAGAACGAAGAUCAGAACCUUGGCGAACCCCUUCCUUUUAGGUGUUUUCAAGAUUUCAGCUCAUACUCAGACAAGAGAUUGAAGAUGGGGACGGUGAUGGCAGCACUCUACAGAAUCAGAGACCACGCAAGCGACCCAGCAGCAGCCGUACCCGCAACAUUGUCUAUCAGCAUUGAGCUCAGGCGCCGGGACUACCCCCCGGCGCUCUUCUUCAAUGCUCUGGCUAGAUUUGCCAAGGCCACCGGUUCGUUYGGUACAGCGUUGGAAACGCUGACCGGGCAACUGGUUACAUGCCUGUACCAUGAAWCUAAGGUACCUGCCAAUGAGCAGGAAGCUGAGGAAAGAGGAUAGUGGGGUAAUGGUGAGGAACAUACAGGGGUAGAUGGGUUAGAAACCCGGUAGACCGGGGUGUNUGCCAAUGAGC